AUGGAUUUCGAAGGAAGUAAAUAUUAUGAGCUCAAUCGUAUACUUUUGCUAUUGAUUGCGAAGAUAAUUACGUCGACAAAAGAUAUGGAAGUUAUGCUAAGAACUAUGUCACUCGCGGUUCCUGCUGUGAUUAUUAUUGUGAAAUAUAUCACCUUUUUAUUACUUCCUGCAAGUAUAAAGAAACUCAUGGAAUUGGUCCAGAAUGAUUGGAAUGUUUUGAAAGAUGCGAAAGAACUCGAAAUAAUACAAAAAUAUGCACAUUUUGGACGGCUCUGUACAAUAAUUUUUUCAGUAUUUGGAUAUGCAUGUGUAUUCGGUGUAUUGAUAACCAUAUAUAUUCCGAGUAUUCUUGAUAUUGUGGCGCCGCUAAAUGUUUCUCGCAAGCAGAAACUUCCGAUCGAAGUUGAAUAUUUCAUCAAUGAACAAAAAUAUUUUUAUGCUAUAUUCUAUCAUAUAUACGUAACGUUAAUCUUAAGUAUAACUGUAAUAUUAGCCACGGAAACGCUAUAUGUAUCGUAUGUUCAUCAUGCUUGUGGAAUGUUUAAGAUUGCCAGUUAUCGACUACAACAUGCCUUCGACCAAGAUGCUCUUCAAAUUUCUUCUUUCGUAAGAAAUGCGAUGAUUCGUACGAAAAUAAUCGCUGCAAUAAAGAUCCACAAAAGAGCUCUCGAGUUUUACGACUUUUUGUGGUCCAAACUAGCACUCUCUUAUUUUAUCUUGAUAUUGAUCGGAGUGGUAUCACUAAGUAUUAAUUUAUUUCGCGUUUUUCAAGCUAUCGUUAUAGUAAAAAAUACCGACGAGUUGUUAAUGUCCAGUAUAUGUGUUGCUGCUCAUUUGAUUUACAUUUUUUGUGGCAACUAUGCCGGACAGGUCUUUAUAGAUCACAGUAUGGAAGUUCAUGAAAAUGUAUACGAUACCCAGUGGUACCGUGUACCUCUACGAGAGCAGAAAUUAAUGUUAUUCAUUUUACAUCGAAGCAUGCACAGUUGUAAAUUAAUAACCGGUGGGACUUUUGUUUUGUCGUUAGAAGGAUUUACAUCGGUAAACAACAAUCAUUGUGACAUAUUAACGCAUUUUUUUAACGGUAACAGUAAUAUUUCGUUGCAGCUUCUCGCCACAUCGAUAUCUUAUUUUACGGUAUUAUCAUCUGUCCAGAAUUGAUAGAUAAUCGCGAAAAUAAAACUAUGUCUAAAUGUUAAUUUUUUCGCAUGACUCCUAAUAAUCACACGGUAAUAGCGCUGUUUGCACAAAUCAAUUAU